CAGUUGAACUUCAUUUUCGACACGUUCAGAUCAUCGUAAAUGUUUUUAUAAAAAUCCACUAAAAAUAAAAAAGAAGAACUAUUAAAUUGGUUACAAGGUCAAGUCCCAAAAUUCGGAAACUCUUAGAAUGACCAUUCAAAGACUGAAGUGCGACCUCAGUCCGGAGCUGACCACCUGUCUGCAGCUCAAGGACUGUGUGCGCCCGGAUUGCUGUCCCACCCGGAAUCCGAUUCCCUACGAUGCCGAGUGUUUCGUGGGCGACAUUGGCAAGGAGCUGGACCAACUGAUCCGGCGGCACCAGCGCAUGUUUGUGAAGAGGAAGCGACUAAUGGAGAUGGCCGUGCCCAAUCGGCGCUACUGCCGCUUUGUGCCCAAGUGCGCCUGCCCCUUUCCCAAGUCCAUCGAGAUGGUCCGCCCCUGCGACGCCCAGAGUCACACACGCACGGAGCAAUUGGCCCUGCCCAUGGUGCGCCGGCUGCUCCAGAGGCGGAGGACGGCCAUCCUGGUCGGCGAUUCGAUUGGCGAGUCCAUCCUGAACAGGUGGCUGCGCUACAGCUACCUGUCGCUCUACAGUCGCCUCGCAAACACCCAGCCCUUGGUAAAACCGAAGAAAAAGAAGAAGAAGACGGAAAAGCAGCUGGCUCGUCACGAAAAGUACAUCGAGAAGUUGGCAAAGCCAAAGAAAGCGCCAAAGCCCGCCAAACCGGAACGGGGCGAGGGGCAGUUCGACCCGCAACGCCUCAACCAGCUAGCAUGUCCCAAGGCCUAUUUGGAGGAAAUCAAGCCCAAAUGGGAGCUGACCUCCCAGAUGAAGGACUACAAGGCGACCAAGCGAAUCAAACAAAUAUCACAGCCCGUCAUGCGGGAGAAUGUACACAUCAACGAAACGCCCGAGAAGGUUUCGCCAAGUGCACUUCACUACAAGCCGAGUGCCCGCAUCAAGGAGAUGUCCGUACCGCUCACGUCGCGCGAUGCCAACCAGGGAAUGGCGGACGUCAAGGAGAAUCCUUUCGGGAUCGCUCCGAAUGCGCUCAAGUACAAGCCGAGCACGCGCAUCAAGGAGCUGGCGGAACCCAAGGAGUUCGAGAACACGCACAUCCGGGAGAAUCCUUUCGCCAUUUCGCCGGCGGCGCUGAAAGCCAAGGCGUCACCACGUCUCAUCGAGCUGGCCAAGCCCAAAGGCGGAUAAAACCCUCCGGAAGAGCCCUGAACCUCAGCAUAAUCAGUUCUAUCGUAUUUGGCGUUCUAAGUUUUGCAUUUUGGCCAUAUUUGGUAU